AUGUCUGAUAACGUUGCUCAUGCCCUUUCUGGUGCCGGUGGUGGUAUCGUCUCUAUGGCCUUGACCUACCCCUUGGUUUCGAUCAGUUCUAGACUUCAGGUCCAGAAGAACGACGACAGCAAGGACGCUUACAAGAACACUGCCGACGCGUUCUUCAAGAUCCUUGCCAAGGAAGGUCCUAAAGGUCUUUAUGCUGGUUUGAGCUCUGGUGUCUUUGGCAUUGCCAUCACAAACGGUAUCUACUAUUACUGCUAUGAGGCUGUAAAGGCUGUCUUUGAGAAAGCAAAGGCGCAAGGCAAACCCAUGAGCACAGGAGAGUCUAUGUUGGCAGGUGCUCUUGCCGGAUGUGCUGUUGUCUUGGCUACCAACCCUAUUUGGACAAUCAACACUCGUCUUACCGUACGCAAAGGCAUCGAUGGUGAGGCUAAGCUCAAUAUGUUCACAGUCGGCCGCAGUAUUGUCGAGAAGGAGGGCGUAGCUGGUCUCUAUGCCGGUGUAAAGGCUGCCUUGAUCCUGGUGAUCAACCCGAUUAUUCAAUACACUGUAUUCGAGCAGCUCAAGAACAAGGUUUCUAAGUCCAGAGCUUUGAGCAACUUCGAUUUCUUCCUUUUGGGUGCCAUCAGCAAGCUGUGUGCCACCGGUAUCACUUACCCCUAUCUUGUCAUCAAAUCCCGCAUGCAGUCCGCUCAAGGCGAUGAUGAGAAAUACCCUUCCAUUUGGGAAGGCUUCAAAAAGAUCAUUGCUACCGAGGGUGUCAAAGGUCUCUACAAGGGUAUCAGCUCCAAGAUUGUCCAGAGUGUUCUCACCGCUGCUUUCUUGUUCAUGGCCAAGGAAAUUCUCUUUGACUGGGCUGUCUGGAUUUUGGUAGUUGCUGGAGCUAGAAAGGCUCGUGUUGCUGCCGGAAAAGCAUAA